AAGGUUAGAGGUGUUGAGGAAAACGGAAGUCGUAGUUGGCCUUCGAUGAAUUUUAUUAGUUUGCAAGAAGGGUAUGGAAAGGACCUCUAUCACGCCAGAUCAGCUAUUAAGGAUAUUCAAUGAAGCGCCUUCGUCAACCUUAUCGCCUUCCAAGAUCUGUGGUCAAGAAAAAUUUUACACCCAUCCACCUUUGCUACCUGGAGAGCAGAUUAUUUCACAGCAGGAUCAUGUAACAUGUGUGGACACCUUUGAUGAUAUUACAGAAGGAGUACUCCACAUCACCACCUACAGAGUUAUUUUUGCUGGUUCUCAUAUGAAGCAUGGCCUAGAUGAACAUGAGUUUGUUGAUGCUGAUCCUGAGGAAGUGGCAAGGAGAGGGCAUCACUUUCAAACAAGCUCUAGGAAGGCCUCCCCUAGCCACUCUAAAUGUCACGCAAUCAGGAAUUUUGAAGCGACUCUUCCGAGGAAACCAAAUAAAAGGUUGAGUGCCCAUAAUAUUUCUAAGAAAAUAAAAUCAGGUGGUGUGAGAAGAGGACUGCGGCACAGCCAGUCAAUGAAAGGGAAGAACCAUGCAGUGGCUACUCUUCCUGGUGUUUGUGAACAGAGUGUCAAAUUACAAACCCUGAGGCCAAUAAUUCUGUCAAAUAUUGAACAUAUUGAUCAUAGUUAUGAAGUGGAAGUGUCCAUUCCUCUUUCAAGCAUUUUUGACAUUAAGAAGUUCUCCAAGAAGAACUUGCCAAAAGACAAACAAAUGUUUUUGUUGGAUGGAUUUGAAAUUUUCUGUAGCAACAUUCAAUCACAUAGGUUCUGUCCAGGUCUUAUGACCACAAUUGAUGCAGAGGCUGUUAUGAAAAUCAUUCUCCAAACUUCAAAAAUAGAUUUUUCUAAGUUAUUUGCCUUUACUUAUAAAAGCUCCAUCAUUCUGCCUACGUCAUGUACUAUUUUGGACAGUAAAGAUGCUCCCAACUUCUUUAAGUUUGAAGUUGAGUGUGACCGACUCAAGUUAUUCCAUACUGGAAACUGGCAAAUUCACAAAGGAACACGGCCUUUACACUAUCCAGCAAAAGUGGUUGUGCCGAUUUCAGUGACAAAGGAGGAGUUAACUGAAAUAGCUGACGUUCACAGAGGAGAAGGAUGUUUCCCAGUAGUUUGCUGGAGACAUAUCAAUUGCGGUGCAGUCAUGUUAAGGUCUCCUGCAGCAUUGUUCAGAAGAGGCCUUAAAGACUCGCGUUGCCCAGCAGAUGAGAAGUAUCUUGUAACAGUCAGCGCACUUAGUGAAGCUGCUACAGAAAAACUGGUUGUUUUCACUGAACAAAUAAGACAGUCAGGAGGAGGGUUACUGAACUCUUCUCAACAAGUGACUCAAAUGACAGGACAGCUCACUCCACAAGAAGGCGAGACUUUCUAUUAUCCUAACAUCAAGUUUAUGUAUGCUGAGGGAAUACCAGAUGUCAAAUCUGUGAAGCAGAGUGCGUACAAACUUCAAGCAGUUCUCGCAAACAGAAGUGAUGACAGUAAAUGGCUUUCUGCGCUGGAUGAUUGUGAUUGGUUGAUGCAAGUCAGCGAGCUGCUCAAAACAGCCACUCACAUUUCAGUUGCUAUGGAUUGUGACAAGUCAUCUGUCAUGAUCAGUUAUGAAGACGGAAUGGACAGAACAGCUCAGGUGACAAGUCUUUCUCAGUUGUUGCUGGAUCCUUUUUAUAGGACAGUGGCUGGCUUUCAGAUCUUGAUUCAAAAGGAAUGGUUAUCAUUUGGUCACAAAUUUUACUCCCGUACCAUGUCCCCGCAGGCUCAUGAUGAUUACAGUCCGGUGUUUCUUCAAUGGUUGGACUGUGUUUGGCAGGUCCUUCAACAGUUUCCAUUCUCAUUCGAGUUUAACAGCCUUUUACUUGAGGUAAUUGCAGAACACGUUUAUUCCUCGCGAUUUGGAACGUUCAUUGCCAACGCAGAAAGCGAGAGAGAAGAGGAAGAAUAUGAGGAUAAGACAAUUUCCCUUUGGACCUGGUUAAACGUGACUACCAUGGCAAACCCUGAAAAGUUCAUCAAUUUGCGUUAUAAGGAACAACAGCAACAGAGAGUGCUUCGUCCCCUGUACAGAAUACCUUAUCUUAAAUUGUGGUCGUCAUUCUAUGUCAAUCGAUAUCGUUAUGAUCAUGUUCACGAUGCUUCAAAAGCAGCCGAGCUGGAGGCACUGAAACUAGAAGAUAGAUACGAGGAGCUCCAGGAAAAAUACUGCAGCUUGAUUCGUAAACUUGCCGAAGUGGACUCCGAAGAUUACUCUUCUACAUUUUCCUUCCACACAGCUACUCUUCACCGUGCCUUGCAAAAAAAGAGUUCAAACGAUCAUUUUAGCGUGUUUAAGGGUAGCAGGAACAGUUCGCUUGAUAACGGACUUGACGCAUCCGGGACCUGGCCAAACGAGGCUUCUAACCUGUCCGAAGAGGACCCGGAUACUCUGAUGUCAUCUAUGAAGUCGUUGUCCAUGCCGAGGAGGCGGAUGACACGCAGUCGUUCGUUGGAUGAUAUGUUGACCACUGAUCUGCGGCAAAAAAGAGCUCCUAAGAAAACAACGUUGUUGCGACGGGUCGGGAGCAGCAAAUUCUACACUGAGCAGAUAGUGAAUGCUGUCAAUGCAGAGCCUACCACUGAUGUGAGAAAUCUUCCCAUCUCCGAGAAAUACAACAGUCUAAAAGAGUACCUCGACAGCGAAGGUAUCGAUCUUGGUUCAGAGAAGGAUGUUAUAGUGACUGAAUCACGAUGCUGUGGCUAUAUGGUCAAACAAGGACAGGUUCGAAGGAGUUGGAAGAGACGAUGGUUUGUCCUCGACCUAACUAGGAAAUGCUUGGCUUACUUUGAAACGGAAAAGGCGGAUAUUCCCAAAGGAGCUAUCAGCUGCAAGGCCAUCACCCGUGUGUACGAACACAAGAAGUGUGGCAAGAGCAAAAAUCGGUUCCUGUUUUGUGUGGAUACUCCAGAUCGUACAUACACUAUGUAUGCACCGAGUGAACAAAGUAUGAACAUUUGGAUAACGUGUCUUACGAUAUCACCGGCCGCUAUCGAACUUCAAAGAGACGAAACGUAGCAAACCCACCUGGAAUGCCGUUGGAAACCUUCUAACAAUGGCUAGAGAAUUGGCAUUGCAACGAGUGUGACUGUGAGAUGAAAUCUUUCAGAAGCUGGUCAAAUACCUCUUCUCGAGAUUGCCGCCCUAACUUGGCUGCAAGCAAGAAGCAAGAAGCAAGAGAAACAAGUUAAGAUGUAGAUAAUUUUGCACGUUGUGGAUGCAAACUAGGCAUCAUUGAGUUACAGCGGGACAUUCAGCAAAAUUCUGUGCGAGUGACAAAUCGCAAUUUAGAUGGUGGUCUUUACAGGAAACCAUUUUAUACCAUAGUACACUGUUUUUCAAGGAACCAUUGUUGGUCUGAGUCAUUGUGUUGUGUGGCAUUGUUUAUUUAUUCUCUCUUAAAAUUGUUUGAAUGCCACCAUACAAACAAGGCUGAGUAGUAACAAUGGCUUCCUCGCUGACACAUGGAUAGUUACGAAAUGAUACAUAUUUGGGAAAUUCUGCAGUCGCGUUAUUUUGGCGCGAAAUUCUGCGCUACGCAACAUAUUUUUCAUUGAAUAUAGUAUCUCCUGUCAACUAAUCAGACGUGAAUAUUUAGGGCACUAGUCUUACAGUAGUAUAACAACUGAGGGGUAUUUGUUAACGGUGAUAUCAGGCUAAUGCUCACUUAACUUUUCAGUGUUUGUUUGUUUCUUUCUUUCUUUCACUCUUUUCGUGACGGAUUUCUUGUAGGGGUUGGUACGUGUAAGAGCUGUUCACGUGCAAAGUAGUUUAACCCUUUAACCCCUAAGAGAGAUUACCCUCUAAUUUCUCCUCACAGUAUCUCCUCUGAAUCAAACAUUACAAUCAUGAGAAUUAUGAAAAUAAUCAACAACUACAGAAGCUGUGGACUGUUAAGCAA